AUGUGCAAAGACGAGCCAGCAGAAAGCACCACAGGUGACGGCGUGGCCUCGACACGCGCCCAUCUCUCGAGUGCGAGUGUCACGUCUGACAGCGGGUCCAGCGGAUGGAGCUCCAGACUACCUUCACCAGAUCCUAUCAUUUCGGACCCAACCAUGACACCCGGCCGGCGUAUCCCCCGAAGUCCUCUUGCUCCUCUGUCCCACGCCGAGAGCUUGAUGGACAUGCAAAUUCCUCAACCGUCGGGGCCACUUCAGGUCGGCAGGAAACGGGACAUUGAUGAGGUUUUCGACGACAGCACGCCACCUUCGCCCGAUAAGCUGCAACGCGAGCUCGAUCAGCAGCAUGAUGAGGCCAAAGAGGAGGCCAUGAACACCAGUCGCAACUUGACAACGAGUACACUCAUGCCCCUUGACACUCAUGAGCCAGACAGCAAGCGGCGCAAGACACUCGCCUACCGAGUCAAGCCUCCUACUCGCAGUGACAGUUCGCACUACGGGCAUGGCUCCGAGCAUGGCCACGCGGAUGACAGCGGCCGCCAAAACACGGUCGAACGACAAGUCAGCCGCAAAUCAAACUCUCCAAAAAACGGUUGA